UUGUGCUUCCCCGAGUCUCUCUCCCCGCCCCCGUCUCUCCCGCCCGCCCCGCCGGGACCUCUCCUCUCCGGGCGGCAGCAGAGCCGCCUCAGGGCGGGCGGCGGCAGAGGUGCCGGUGGGGAGCUCUCGCCGUCCAGCCCGCCGGGAACAUGGCGACCGGCGGCUACCGCAGCGCCGGGGGCAGCACCACGGACUUUCUGGAGGAGUGGAAGGCUAAGCGGGAGAAGAUGCGGGCAAAGCAGGCGCCGCCGGCCCCAGGAGCGGCCGCCGGGGGUGAGGCCAGGCCCGCGGGGGGCGCCUCCUCCGCCGAGCUGAACAACAACCUGCCCCCGGGCGGCCCGGCCGCCCCGCCCGACCGCGCGGCGCCCCCCGCCGGCGGGGCCGUCAACUGCGUCAGCCUCUCCAGCGCCGCCUUGGGCCGGGCCGCCCCCGCCAAGGAGCCGCCGCCGGCCCUCGCCGGGGCCCGGGGGGCUGAGCCUGCCGCCAAGCCCCCUCCCGCCGCCGCGCCGGGCUCCCCCGAGGGCGAGGAGAAGCUGGCCGCCAAGGGAAAGAGCGCCGGCCCCAGCGCCAGGAAGGGGAAGGGGCAGAUCGAGAAGAGGAAGCUGAGGGAGAAGAGGAGGUCGACAGGUGUGGUGAACAUCCCGGCCGCCGAGAGCCUUGAUGAGUAUGAUGAUGAUGAAGCAGGGCAGAAGGAGCGAAAGAAGGAGGAUGCUAUUACCCAACAGAAUACGAUACAAAAUGAGAGUUCCAGUGCAGAUACCCCUGGCUCAUACUUAUUACAGGACUCCUCCAGGAUGGUUUCAAGCAGGUAUAAAAGCACAGCUAAUGCACCAGAAGAUGAUGCUCCAAACAGAUAUUCCCGAACAGACAGGACAACUUACAGCAGAUACAGCAGGGAUGCAAAUUCUUCUGGCAGUUCCGUACCAAGUAACGCUUUGGAAAAGAGGAUUGAAGAACUUGAAAGGGAACUUGCAAAGGAGAGGCAGGAAAAUGCGAGAUUAAUGAAGAUGACACAGGACAAAGAGGAACUAAUUGGAAAGCUGAAGGAAGAAAUUGAUUUAUUAAACAGAGACCUAGAUGAUAUAGAAGAUGAAAAUGAACAAUUGAAGCAAGAAAAUAAAACCCUCUUAAAAGUUGUUGGACAGCUGACAAGGUAGAAGAUUCAAGCCUCAAUGAGGAAAGAUUUAAAAACUACUGAUUGAAUGUUAAGGUCAAUAUAGUAAUAUUUCCUGUGUUGCAGUAUAUUAUAAUAACUAUCUUUAUAUUUAUUGUUAGGAAACCAGAUGAAUGUUUAUUUUCAUAGUACUUUCUUCUUCAUUCAAUGAAAUGGCAUCAAAUUUGGGGUAUAUUUUUAGCUUUCUUUUCACAUAAGAAUAAUUAAAAUUUUUGACAUAUUUCAAAAUACUAAGUUAAAAAAUAUUUGGGUUUUGUAUCUUCAGAUUACAUCUGGAUAAAUUACAGUAAUUUAAAAUUCAUAGCACCAAGAUCACUUUCAGUCCAUGUGGGUGUAUAUUUUUUAAAUGAAUGGAAGCAAUACAUAUAAGCUUUGUUUACACAGAUCCAAAAUAUAUAUUUUGGGAAAUAUUUCCUUUUUUGUUUAAACAGCUGUAAAGUGGAUGCCUCAUUACUGGUUUAUUAACAUUUUGCAGAUUGAUUACUUGCUCUAAAACUCUUGUAUGUUGAGGUUUUUUUACUGUAUCUGAAAGACUGACAACAGUAGAGAGUAGCAAUUUUUUUUUCUGUAUAACAGUAUUCUGGCAAGAGGGGGAGGUUUUAUUUAAAAAAACCCACAAAAACAAAAUAAAAACAAAACAAAAAAAAACCCCAAACCACCAAAAAACCAAUAAAUCACCUGUGGUAUCAGCAUUAAUGAGUUCGUAGAAUCAUACUGAAGUUGUGCACUGCAGUUUAUUUUAAAGCUUUUGCUUUAGCAAUGAAAUGCAAGUUUGCUAUCAGACAGUAAGUUUGUUUGCUGUGUUAAGAAUUCAGACAAAGCCUGGAGCUUUCAUUUUAGCAAAGACACUUUUGCGAUACUCUUCUACUUAAAGGUCUCAUCUUAAAAUUUGUAGCGAUCAUAACCAAUGAGUUUUUUUAUGUUUUCAUUUAAGCUGGGUGAAAAUUUUUGUACAUAACAAAGUAGAGGGGCAUACAAGUGAUUCAUGCCUUUUUGAAACAUCAAAUGGUUUAAAAAAAACCUUUUAUCCUUGUUUGUAAACUAACAAGGUGUUCAAAAAGUGCCUGUUUAGAUGGUAGAAUCCAGUUAUGACUGCGUACUGAUUCUUCUAUAACAUGAUAGUAGACAACGUUUUCCUUUGACCUUAACCACAGACCUCAGUUAACAAUUCUCUUAAAAUUCUUGUUAGGCUGAAAUGUGAUGUACUUUAUUUCAUCUUAAUACAGCACAUUUUUCAUUCCUGAUCAGAAUAAAUGUAUGUGUCAUUUGAGUCCGGACACUAGAAAUGAAGACAUUUCGAAGAGUCCAGACUUUUUCUUGACGAUUUUGAAGUUUGGUGUCAGAAAGUUGCUUGCAUAUAGUUUUUGUUACCUUAAAACUUAAAGGCAACUUUAAUAUAUAAUAAUGGUGAUCUUUUCAGAUUUGCCAAUUGUUUUCAUAAUGUGUAUUUAAUGACUGUAAGAGUUUCUUAAAUUUCAAAUCCAGGUAUUACUGUUACGACUUGGAUUGUUUUGGAUAUAGGAUAGGUUAUUUUGCAUUUGUGUAUUCUAAUGAGGAGGAACUUUUCAAAGCUUUAAAGUAUUUUUCAAGACACUUAUAUUCCAGGAUGCCUUGAUGUUUUCCUUCACAGUGGAUGAGAUCCCAUGGGACACCAUUUAAAACCUUUACUCAGGGGUUUAAAUGGUAUGGGGGGGUUUGUGUAGGCCCUCUGAACUACGAUAUACACCAAUGAAUAUUGCUUUCAAUAUUAUUCAACCAGUAAGAAGUCCCUUAAUUUAUCAGUUUCAUGAAAUUAAAAAUUUAAAGUAAUAAAAAGAUCAGUUGAGAUGUAUGCCUUCUGAAUAAAUGUGAAACUUUCUCUGGGAGAACAUCUGAUUUCCUUCUCUGUGUACUAGGUAGGAAAUAUACAUACCGAUUUACGGCAUGGGAUGUCAAAUAUAUUGAAGCAUCAUUAAGGAGUUAAUACAGAACACAGAUAUUAAUACGAAGUUGUAAAUGGGGUAUUUCAUAAACUGUAUUUCACAUACGUUUUAAACCAAAGAACAAUAACAACAAAGAAGAUAAACAAGAAUUACUUGUCUUCAUAUUACCUCUUCUUGGUUUGCAUGUGUAUUGACUAAAACUUAGCAGCAAUAACGCCAAAAUUAGAAUUUUUUUUUUUAACUUGGACAUCCAGCUGACAGGAAUAUUUGGCAGAAGUACUUCUGAUACCCUGCCUUGAAGAGGUACUGGCAAGGGAAGCUUCCAAAUAUCUGAAACCAGUAAUGCUUCAGGCAGAACGUGUGAACAAAGGAACUGUGGGGAACUCACAGAUAAAGUACCUCAGGACAUGAUUGUUGUUGUGUGUUAUUAUACAAAUGUAAAGCUCUUCGUGGUUUAAAAAUUCCCACAAAUUGUAUCUUGAAGCAUAACACUUCUGCUGACAGUUUGGAAGAUUUAGAUGGCUUUUUGGAAAAAAGUGUGUCAAUAAGAACUCGUUAUCACUUAUUUUAUCAGGCUCUUGGGAGAAGUUUAGUAGAUUCUAGGAAAAAUGACGUAUUACGUAGAACGUUAAUAAUUGUCUAGUCAUUCCUUGUCAUUAUCUUCUUAUUUCAGUAGGGUACCCUUGUAGUCAAGCUCAAACAUAGAGUAAGUUUUUAUCCUAGGUGAUUUGAAGGUGUUAAAUUAGCUACCUUACCAGCAAUUCACUAACACAUGUCCACACCCUUGCCAGUCCAAGACCUCGAUUGUUCUCAAUUGUGUGAUUUAAAAGCAGAGAGACUGCUGUAAGUGGGAACCCACCUCACUUGGGAAGGCUAUGUGAUUCCUGAAUGAAUCUGGGUAUUAACGUACCUAGGCUAAAUUAAUUUACUA